UAAAUUGUCAAGUGAGCAUCCUUCAGAGAAUGCCACCUAACAUUUUGUUCUGGGUCAUGGUGUAUUCCUUGCUUCCUCUGUUUUGAAAAUCUGCUGGAGUGAUUACGUCUGAGUCCUAUAUAACCUAUUGAUAUGCAUAACUGGUAACAAACAUGAGUCGGUCUCAAGUCCUGACAGCACCUCUGGAUAAAAAACUGGGGCAAAUGUGUGUUUAGAAGCUGACUGCAAAACCCCUUUCCUUUAUGACCCUCGAUUCCCGAGUCACCUUGCCCCGGAAGAGUCGCUGUCAAAGAUGAAGGGAAAUCUGUAGUUGCUUCCACGUGUGCAGCCUUUUGUACAGCAGCUUUCCCCCACUCGGCUGGGAUAGACACUGGGACGAGGCCUUUUAGCAGGCAGACAGGUGCAUUAGCAACCCAGGCUUAGUGGUGAGGACAAAGGAGAGGGAAGUUUGUGCGCGGGAGGAAAUUCAUCCCCGGUAUGGCAGUCCGGUGGGGGAAGGCUCGGCAUCGGGGCUGGGGAAACGCCCCUAGGUGCAGGCGGAGCGGGAACAGGUCUCAGCCUCAGCCGAGCCCUUCGGGCCCUUCCAUGAGCCGCUCCGGUUGCCUCUGGGCUGCGGCCUCGGCCGGCUUCUCCCCGGCCGCUCCGGGAGACCGCUCUGCCCGCAGCUCCCGGGGCGGCGGCGGCGGAGGAGGCGGAGGACACCGCCGGUGAUGGACGCGUCCCCGAGAUAGCCGCCGCCAUGAGCCAGCCGCCUGCAGGGGGCGGCGCCGCCGAGCCGCGCCUGCAUCCCGAGGGCAGCAGCGGCAGGAAGCAGCCGCGGGCAUCCUCGCCGGCCCGGGCCCGCGACGCCGCCCCGCGCCCGCCGCCCAACGCCGCCAAAGCCGCGCCCGCCGCCGCCAAAGCCGCCUCGACGCGCCCGCCGCCCGGCCAGGCCCCCCGAGCCGCCCGCGGCCGCGCCGCCGAGAAGCCGGCGCGGGGAGCUGUCCAGCCCGGCGCCGGUGCUGAACCGCCGCCCGCCGCCGCCGCCGGGAGAGGAGGAGCCGCCGCCGCCGAGGAGCCGCUGCCGCCGCCGGGCGCCGCCGAGGAGGCGCCCCCUGCAGGGGGCGGCGGGGGCGAGCGGGAGGGGGCGGCGGCGCCGCCGCCCAGGCAGUGGCGGGGGAAAUCGGGGCGGUCCCCGCUGAAGGGCGCGGGGGAGGCGGCCCCGGCGCCUCCAUCUUCCUCGGGCGCGGGGAAGGGCCGCGGUGCGGCGGCGGGCGGCGGCGGGUACUGGAAGGAGGGAUGCCUGCAAAGUGAGCUCAUCCAGUUCCAUCUCAGGAAAGGGCUGGCGGCGGCCGCCCAGAUGCAAACCAAGGGCAGCAACCACAGCAGCAGCAGCGGUAGCGUUGCCUCCGCCGCCUCCGCGGCCGCCGCCCCGGCCGAGCCUCCCCCGGCCGCCUCCGCCUCCUCGCCCGCUGCCAUGGCGGCGGCCGGGGCGGAGGGGCUGCGGCAGGGCGAGGCGGAAGGCGACGGCAGGAGCUGCGGCCCCGAAGUCGCCCUGAGCCCCCACCUGCAGGAGGAGAUGCAGGAAGAGAUGGAGAAACUGCGGGAGGAGAACGAGAGCCUCAAGAACGAAAUAGAUGAGCUGAGGACAGAGAUGGACGAGAUGAGGGACAGUUUCUUUGAGGAGGAUGCUUGUCAGCUUCAAGAGAUGCGCCAUGAACUGGAGCGAGCCAACAAGAACUGCCGGAUCCUUCAGUACCGGCUGCGCAAGGCUGAGCGCAAGAGGCUCCGCUACGCCCAGACUGGCGAGAUCGACAACGAGCUCAUACGCAGCAUGGAGCAGGACCUCAAGGUUGCAAAAGAUGUGUCGGUGAGACUUCACCACGAGUUAGAAAAUGUGGAAGAAAAACGUACUAUAACAGAAGAUGAAAAUGAAAAAUUAAGACAGCAGCUUAUAGAAGUUGAAAUUGCCAAACAAGCACUACAGAAUGAACUGGAAAAAAUGAAGGAGCAAUCACUGAAAAGGAGAGGAAGCAAAGACCUGCCAAAAUCAGAAAAAAAGUCACAGCAGACACCAACAGAGGACGACAAUGAAGACCUGAAAUGCCAGCUACAGUUUGUCAAAGAAGAAGCAGCCUUGAUGCGGAAGAAAAUGGCUAAAAUUGAUAAAGAGAAAGACAGAUUUGAACAUGAGCUGCAAAAAUACAGAUCAUUUUAUGGGGAUUUGGACAGUCCCUUGCCAAAAGGUGAAGCAGGUGGGCCACCUACCACAAGAGAAGCUGAACUCAAGCUUCGAUUGAGGCUUGUGGAGGAGGAAGCUAACAUUCUUGGGAGGAAAAUAGUGGAACUAGAAGUAGAAAAUAGAGGACUGAAAGCAGAGCUUGAUGAUUUAAGAGGAGAUGAUUUCUCAGGGACCACUAACCCACUCCUGGGAGAGCAGAAUGAAUCCCUGUCAGAAUUACGACAGCAUUUGCAGCUAGUAGAAGAUGAAACAGAAUUGCUGAGGAGAAAUGUAGCUGAUUUAGAAGAACAAAACAAACGCAUAACAGCUGAGCUGAACAAAUACAAGUACAAGUCUGGGGCCCAUGAGAGCUCUAGGCACCACGACAAUGCCAAGACAGAAGCGUUACAGGAGGAGCUAAAAGCUGCGCGAAUGCAGAUCAACGAGCUGAGCGGCAAAGUCAUGCAGCUCCAGUAUGAGAACAGAGUCCUAAUGUCCAACAUGCAGCGCUACGACUUGGCCUCUCAUCUGGGGAUCCGUGGCAGCCCUAGAGACAGCGAUGCGGAAAGCGAUGCGGGAAAAAAGGAGAGCGAUGAUGAUUCCCGCCCCCCUCACCGCAAAAGGGAAGGUCCCAUCGGUGGGGAAAGCGACUCCGAAGAGGUGCGCAACAUUCGGUGCCUGACACCCACGAGGUCUUUUUAUCCAACGCCGUCGGGGUGGCAGAAAAGCUUCACUGACAGGCAGCAGAUGAAGGACAUUCGCUCUGAAGCCGAGCGGCUGGGCAAGACAAUAGACCGCCUAAUUUCCGACACGAGCACCAUCAUCACAGAGGCAAGAAUUUAUGUGGCUAACGGAGACCUCUUUGGACUGAUGGACGAGGAAGACGAUGGCAGCAGAAUACGUGAGCACGAGCUCCUGUACCGGAUCAAUGCCCAGAUGAAGGCCUUCAGGAAAGAGCUCCAGGCUUUCAUUGACAGACUCGAAGUUCCGAAGUCUUCGGACGAUCGAAGUGCAGAUGAACCUUUGUCAGUGAGUCAGAUGUUCCAGCCUAUCAUUUUACUUAUUCUCAUCCUUGUAUUAUUUUCAUCCCUUUCAUACACAACAAUAUUUAAACUUGUCUUCCUUUUUACACUGUUUUUUGUACUGUAAGUCAUUCAUCAUUUACUGUUCAUUGUAGCGUUAUUUUCAGUUUGUUUAUUUUGUCCACCCUCCAAGAUAAGAAGUGCAAGAGACAUAGUUUCUGUAAUAGCCACUGCUGUAAAAACACUGAAGACUACUUGUUUGCCAAAACCAAAGCCAAACCAAAAGAACUGCAAAAAAACAUACCAAAAAGUCACCCAGUUGAAUAGGAAACCUGCUCACUGUGGUAUUCCAGAUCAAGAUUCACAGAACAGGAUCCCUGC